UAUAAACAAGUUUACCACUCUUUCAUCUUCUUGUUGCGUAUGGAGAAUAGCUGUUUUGUUAAUGAAAAGUCAGCGACUUCUCUCUCUUCUCCUUCCCUUUGUCUCUCUAAAAAACCAUUCAUUCUGUGAAAAAACGUUUUGAUCUUCAAAAAUAAGUCUCUAAAAACCUAAUUUAUAUCAAGAACAUCAAAUUGCAUGUUUUGUACGUCUGUUUGGUGCAAAAACCAUGCGAAACUAAGCAAGUCAAAUGAUUAGACUGUACGUGUUGAGUUAGAGUAUGUGCAGUCGGUUCUUGCAGGGAAUUAAUGGAGAAUACUUAUCAAGGUGAUUUAGCAGAUGUAGUUCGAGCCAGUGGUGGUGCAAUCUCGCCGGAAGCACCAAUCUUGAAAUCUGACUGGCAGUUCCCAAGCAUCGGGAUCGAAGAACCAACUUAUGAUUUUGGCGAUCCAUUUUCCAUCACGGGAGAUCCACUUCUUCAUGAUAGUGAUACCCUUCCAGUACCUGUUUCUGGUUUCUUAGACACUGGAAAUACUGAAGUGUUAACAGCCGGUGGCGGCGGCGGUGGUGGAGGAAAUAAUAAUAUUCUUGAUGACAAUAGAAAAAGGCCUUCUAACAUCUUUUCGAGGUUGCAGAUGUCUCCCAAUUCAAAAUUUUCCUUAUCGCCAUGCGAUUCUCCGUUGGGAUUAAAGGCUGCAGCUCCUUUGUUAGUGUCUAAUGAUCAUAGGAUUUCUCAAAAUAACUUUGAAAGUUGCUUGUUGGAAAGUCCUACUGUGCAGAUCUCGUCUCCGCGAAAUCCGGGCAUCAAACGAAGGAAGAGUCAAGCCAAGAAGGUAGUUUGUAUUCCAGCUCCUGCGCCUGCAAAUAGCAGAUCCAGUGGAGAAAUUGUUCCUUCUGAUCUUUGGGCCUGGAGAAAGUAUGGACAAAAACCCAUUAAAGGAUCCCCUUAUCCAAGGGGCUACUAUAAAUGCAGCAGUUCAAAGGGUUGUUCUGCAAGGAAACAAGUCGAACGGAGCCGAACCGACCCGAACAUGUUAGUCAUCACCUACUCUUCUGAGCACAACCAUUCAUGGCCAACUCAAAGAAAUGCUCUAGCGGGUUCCACAAGAUCUCAGCCAUCUAAGAACAAUAGUUCAGCUUUAAAGAAUUCAUCAAUUUCUGAUAAUCAAGCUCAAAGGUCUACAAACCCGAAGGAAAUGACCAAUACAGAAAAUGUAUCCUCACCACCUUUGAAAGAGAAAACGGGUCAAGAUUGUAACAGGAAGUUAGAAAUGACUGAUGACAUAGAAUUGAGUGAAGGGUUUCGACAGAUCUAUAAGCCGGCAUUGUUGGCUGAUGAAAGCAACCAUGGCGAAGACUUCUUCGCAGAAUUGGGCAAAAUCGAAACCGACCCUUUAGAUCUCUUAUUAACUCCGGGAUUUUCUGGAGAAGAAGGUGAAGAACAGAAGGCCAUGAAUCCAUUCAGCUUCCUCAAUUGGAGUACUACAGGAAACAACCACCACCAUAACAGCACCUCAUUUGGAGAAGCUAAGAAGGAUUCAUAGUUAGCAAGAUCCCAUAAGCAACAGAGAUAAGAUAAUAUACACAGUUUUAGCAGCUUCUUUCGGUGCAAUUUCAGUCAGGCCAUGCAUAAACAAACACAAAAAACUAUCAUCUGAUACAUGGGAUCUAUCUAGAUUAUUUUAUAUGAUUUUCACCUUUUUUCUGUAGUUAAAAUUCUGUUGGUAAAUUUGGGAGCGUAUAAAGCUGCAGAGCGUGGGAUUAAAUCCCGGGCUCUGAUCCAGGACCAAGGUGGCCAAAUCUCGGUCCCUGGAUGUGUGUGUGGGGGCCUCCACAUGAAAAUGAUCAAGGACCGAGGUGGCAAGAGCAGAAUUCGAGCUUUUAUCCCGGGUUCUGUAGCGUGAUUAGAGAGGCCAGGAGUCCAUUUCUCUUGGCAUUUUAUUAGAUGGGACAGAAAGCUGAGGAACAGAAGGCUUCAACAGUUAUAAAAAGUGCAUUUCUCAGAUAUGACUGGAUAACUCAAUUGGAUGGGACAAUUUCGAGAGUGGGAGGAAAUUAUUCAACCAUUGUACACACCUAAAUUUAAAGGAGCAAAAUCUAUAUAUUAUAAAGUAGACAGCUUAGAAAUUUGGAAAAUUAUUGUUGUUAUAAUGUAUGGCAUUUCUUAUCAAUCGAGUCACUAUGUAUAUAUAACUAAUUAAAAGGUCAAUGUAGAACCAUGUUAUCAUUGUGUUUUUUGGUUCA